AACAAAUCCCAAAAGCCGAAAGGAUAAAAUGGUAAAGAAGAAGAAGAAAAAAAAAAAAAAAAAACCAAUUUGGAGCGGGAAAGUGUUGGUCGACGAUCGAUUCUCAUUUCUCAGUGUUCAAAAGAGCGGGAAACAUAGAAUCUGAAUGACAAUACAAACGGUCGAUUGAAUUUCCUUCUCAGAAAUCCCAAGCACCAACGUCGGUUUGUUUAGGGUUUUUCACUUUUAGAUUUGCUUUACAAUCAAUCAAAUGAAUGCUCAAAACGGGAGGAAAGGGGAAGCAACCGUCGAUUUUGAUUUUGAUUUUGGGAGUGACCCUAAAGCUUUAGAUCUCAGUGGUAAAAUCCAUCAGCUUCCCUGUACCAUCAAAUUCGAUGGUCCUUGCCCUGUUUCUCAUUAUUUUAAACCCAAAUCCACUGGAAUUGAGGUUGAUGGUUUGAAUGUCGAGGAAGCUUAUUUUAGAGGAAGAAAGUUGCAAGGAGCUACCAUUUCCCUUCCGGAGGGUUACUCAGGCUAUGUGCUAGGGAAGAAGAGUCUUGGAAAGAGUAAAUCUUCGGAUCAGUGUGAUGACUCAAGCCCUUGGCAGGUGAAGGCCAAAUUUGAUAACAUUACAUAUUGGAACCAUGACACCCUGCCGUCACAAGAUGAUACGUUCCAACGUACUUUCCACUGGCUGACCGUUGCACAAGCAUUGCACAAACCUGUAACAGCAGAAGAUUUGGCAUCUGCAUCUGCUGCUCUCAACAACUUGAGUUGAUUAGGUUUAGGAUCACAAUGUGUUCUGAGAAGAAAACUUCAAUAGACUUAGAAUGGUUCCAUUCUACUUCGAUUUGUAUUUGGUCAUAUUAUUAUCUACCUUACCAAUUUAUUCAAUGGGUUUGGCUUGGCAUUUUAAA